UCUCUCUCUCUCUCUCUCUCUCUCACACAAACACACACACCCACACACUAACAUCGCCCUCGGCCCUCCCGUUACCCAAAGUUAACUGUUCCAGUUUCACACAGCAUCUCUCUCCAAGUCUCCAACUUGCUUUCACUUCUCAUCUCUCACUCCUCAGCACUUCUUGAUAUCUCUCACACUACGACUACAUUUGUUGGUUCUACAGGCAUCGUUCACAUCUCUUUCUCUCUCUACAUAUAUAUAUAUAUAUAUAUAUAUAUAUAUAUCAAAAUGCCGAUUAACACAGAAUCUACACCCCCACCACUGAUCGGAAAGAUCGGACCCUACACUGUCUUUGUCACUCCUCCGGCGACUCCUAAACCCUCCGAACCUGUCCACGUGUCGCCCAAAAAGGCCGCUGAUCCGCCGCCGUCGCCGCCGGUUCAGCCUCGGACGCCGCCGGUGCAGCCUCCGCCGCAGCAGUUUUAUAAGCCCACUGCUGUACGGUCUCCAUCCGACGCCUCGAAGUUCGGGUUCUUCUGGAACGCUGUAGCUAAAGUCCAAAAUGCGCAUUCGAGUUUGGAUGAGCAUGUGGCGCAUUGGUUUGGGUUGAAUCAAUCGAAGUAUCAGUGGGCAUUGGAUGGUUAUUACGAAAGCAAAGGAAUGGAUCCUUUAAAUGCCAAAGUAGAAGAUAAAUCCAGCAACGUGUAAUAUGCUUGUUGGGCAGCAUUUAUGUCAAGCAAAGGACACCUGCAUACCCUCUUUUCAGACACUAUUUUACUACAUACAUUUAAACAGCAGAAUUUAUUAUUGAUGCGUGAAGUCUUUGAUAUGAUUGUUGCAGUUCUCUUGCUGUCCUCCUGAAGCAGCUAAAACUUCACUUGUAUGAUAGGCCUUGUGCUCUAUAAUAGUGACAAUUACCCUCUUUUGUGCCAAGUUUUUUGUUCGUGUCCUCAGCCUAGCAACCUCCCAAUAUUGAUUAGAGUAACUGUCUCUGUGUAAUGUACCUUUAAACUUAUAUGAUCGACAAUGUAUUUUUGUAAUUUUAAUCUCAGUAAAGGCAGCAGCUUGCAAGAUGAGAAGAGAUAAUGCACUGUUGAACUGUUGUUAAUUUUUAACUGGAUUUGUUGCUGGCUGUUAUUUACAUUAUUGCAGAAGUUGAGUUGUCUCUCCGGAUUUAAUAGUAA